UUCACUGAUUUUAGCUCCCAAUCUCCCACCCUUGCACGCCACCACCAUUGCUGCCAAGAGCCACAACAGACGACACCACCUGCAAUUGCAAAUUUGCAACCGUGCAAGACCCAACACAGGAGGGGGAGCAAUCUGACUGUGAGCGGGCGUAGACAGGUAUCAUGGCCACUGUUCACCCUCCUGAGAAAUCUUUGGUGCGGGAGGAUGAAGAUGACAAAGAGAAGGCCAGAAAAAGAAACAAUGAGAUCAUAUCAAGCCUUGGAAAAGAAGAAGGCUGGAUGGAAGAGUAUACGUAUGAAUACCAAGGUUUUUGGUACCCUUCAGUUACUCUAGUAGAAGGAGUCAUGUGGGUGCAGCAAAACUUCAAGCCGCGCCAUGAAGAUAUUCUUCUGGUCACCCUUCCCAAAUCUGGCACAACAUGGUUCAAACCUCUCAUGUUUGCUGUCAUGAACCGAACCCACUUUGAUCUCUCAACACACCCUAUUCUCACCACCAGUCCCCAUGAUCUUGUUCCCUUCUUGGAACUGUACCUCAGCCACAAGAUCCCCUUCCCAAAUCCGGAUACUUUCUAUCCACCUCAACUCUUCCAGACCCACAUCCCUUUUACUUCAUUAUCACAAUAUGUAAUGGAAUCUCAGUGUCGAAUUGUCUAUAUUUGCCGAAAUCCGAAAGAUGUGUUUGUUUCUACAUUUUACUUCCUAGAGAAAGUGAGAGAUAAGAAGUUAACACCCCUUUCACUUGAGAAGGCAUUUGAGCGGUUCUGUAAAGGGGUCUCUCUGUAUGGACCCUUCUGGGAUCAUGUAUUAGGGUACUGGAAGGCAAGCUUGGAAGUGCCUGACAGGGUGCUGUUCUUGAAAUACGAAGAUAUGAAGAGGGACUCCUCUUUUCAUCUCAAAAGAUUGGCAGAAUUCAUGGGCUACCCUUUCUCUGUAGAGGAAGAAAAACAAGGAGUGGCGCAUGACAUUCUAGAGCUGUGCAGUUUCGAGAACCUAAGGAAUUUGAAGGUGAACAAGACAGGAAAAAUAAUUACAAGUAACAAUAAUCAAGUGGAGAAUCAUAGAUUUUUCAGGAAAGGUGAGGUUGGAGACUGGAAGAGACAUCUAACAGCUGAGAUGGAGGACGGCCUUAACAAGCUGAUUGAGCAAAAGUUGGCUGGUUCUGGUUUGGCAUUCCGUGACUCCUCCGAGGCAUGAGCGCCUGUCUAUCCACUGAGUUGCGGAUGUGAUUAUGUGUGGGUUUGUAUUAAGUUAAGUGGUUUGAGGGUGAAUUAAUAUUUUGUAUUAAUAGUUAAGUAGUUUGCAUUUAUUGGUGUGAAUGUACGAAUUUUCCGAGUUUGUUUG